UUCACUGCGAAGCGUCAACAGCCCAGCAGAGAAAACACUUCUAUAAAUGCGAGAAAGCAAUAACAGCGAAAUCUCAAAAACAAUGGAAACGCAAACUCACAACACCAACACUCUUCCAUGGAGCUCUGCGACGAACUGGACAGUCUCUCAUGGAGACCUCGACACUGCAAUAACCUUCGAGUCCUCCUCCGAUUAUGCGACCGACUCCGAAACCGUUGGAUCUACUUGGAAAUCGCCUCUUGUCCUGAGAUCACCAUCACCUGAUUCUGGCCCUUGCGAGAUCAAGAUAUGUUUUACACAAAAGCAUGAGAUUCGGCAGAUUUAUGUUCGUAGUACUGCUCGUGUCUAUGAAAUUUACUACACGCCACCUCUGUGGGGUGGUGACAAGUAUCUCUGCACCGUUCGCUGUGGUGCGGCCGCUAGAGAUGAAAAAUUACUUUAUGCAAUUGCUACUGAAAACGCUGCUCCUGCAUAUCUGAAGGGAUCUAGUGAUGAACUUGCUGAAGAGAAAUCCACAGGUGAGGGUGACAUUGGCACCAAUGAAGAUGAUUGGGUAGAGGUUAAAGUCCCCGAUUCUUCUCUGCUUGAAAAUGGAAUCAAUUCUUUGCCAAACAAGACCAAUGACUACAAAGGAAGAAGCAUUCAGGUUUUUUAUGAGGCCACAGCUGAAAUUACUGAUGCAGAUCCCUGUAUAGCGCUUACGCUGCGUUUGCUAUCACUUCAGAAACAAGGGUGUGUACAUGUUGACGAAAUUUAUGGAUUUGCUGACCCCGUUGAGUCAUCUGAUGCAGAGAACCAGACAGUUCAGGUGGGAAACUCAACUGGAAGCUCUUUGAUGGCCAUGCUUGUCCCUACACUUCUACAAUUAUCUAAAUCUGGUGUUAGCCAAAAACUAGAUAAACAUGCUUUGGAUACUAUUGAAGAACACAAGAAACCGGAAAUUGGAUCAAGAGCAACUGAUGCAACUGAUGCUGUGAAUGAGAUUCCCCAGGAUACAAAAUUCAGCAUAGCGGAACAUCAGGAGAUGAAGUUGCAAGAAGUGAAUGAGGCUACAGCUGAACCAGAUAAAUUCCAGUGCCCCACACAGGUUUCAGGUCGAGACAGAAAAGAUGAUUAUGCUGACAAAAAUGAUUUUCUCUGUGGUCAGGUUGAAAGAGUUUUGGAACAACUUGUUUCUAGAGUGAGCAGAAUAGAAGAUCUCUGCUUGAGGUUUGAAGAAAACAUGCUAAAGCCCAUGAACAGCAUGGAGGCAAGGCUCCAGCGGGUAGAGCACCAACUGGAAUUACUUGCCAAGAAUGCUCAGCCUUCUGGAUUGCAAACCGGCACAAGAUUUUCUGCUCCUGCAUUUUCAUGCACUGAAUCCAAUUCCAGCUCCUACUACAAUGAUGGGACUGAUUAUCCUCCUUGUGGGGCAUCAGGAUUGGAACAGAAGGAUUUCCCUUCUGAGAAGCUAGCUACUGAUAACACGUCAGUUUCAGCAAAUGCUCCACAGUUUCUUCCGAGUCUUGUAGUUACUGCACCCGAGUUUUCAUGUGAAGAUGAAGUAAACAAUGAUGUCUUGGAACCAUCAAAAGAUUCUCUUUUAGAGCAACCAAAACCAUCUUUGUCAAUUGAUGAUGCUUUAGCUGCUGCAUUGGCUGGAUUCUUGUCUAUGUCCACUCCCCAGCCUUUGAAACUUACUGAAACUCCCACAUUUACGUCCUAUGAAUUUAGUAACGAGGAAAUUGGCAAUAAUAAGCCUUCGACAUAUACCCAUACUCUUACCGUUAAAGCUCCUGAAUUUACCAGUGAUGAUGAUGGCAAUGAUGUGUCUUCAGAAUAUACUCAAGCUGUCCCCGCUACAGCCCCUGAAUCUGUAAGUGAGAAUUGCAAUGAUGGGAAAGUACUUCCACCUAUCAUUGAGAAUGAGAACCUUGAAGUUCCUUCCAACUCCUGUGAAACUGAUGAAAAUGAGUGCAUACAUGGUUUUGCUUCAACUUCCAAAUUUGCAGUUUCCACCCAGUGUGCAGAGGGAAGGAUAAGAAAUUAUGAAGAGGUUUCCUUUGACGGCCACCUCUAUGAAGGGGUGAAUGGUUGCUGCUGUCCACCACCUCAAGUCAAAAUCGACUUGGCAGAAACCAAUGAUGCUCUGAUUACAGAGGAAACUUGUGGAAGAGAAGCCAGUUAUGGAGUUACUAAUGUCACAAUUUGUGAAAGAAGCAAUGGUCAAGAUCCCCUCUGUCAGACGCAGGAUAGCAUUAACAUUUCCCUGGAAAAUGCAGCUGCAAGCAGGGGAUGUGUUGCGGGAGAUGGGUCUCACGGAGAGACGUUGCAAAAUGUUUUCAAAUCUGCAUCUGCUUCUUCUGUGGUGGAUUUCGAGAUUCCUAUUCUAGAGGUUGAAUUUUCAUCCAGUGAAAUAUCCAGUACCGAUUCCCCUCUUGAAGUCCUUUUGAAAGGUGUGGCAGAAUCUAACAUCGAACCUCCUUGUGUUCAGAAAAGUAGUGAUGAUCCUGUUAUUGGGGAGCAAGAUAACUUAAUAUUUGUGGAAGAUGGGGAACACAUGGGUCCUUCAACCAGCAACCAUCUUUCAGUGGAUUUGGACAGUUAUGACGUGAGCUCUGUGUCGUCCAUUUUAGAUGGCAUACUGCGAGAUCCGUUGACAUGCAGCAAUCAUUGCAAUCAGGAAAUGAUUGCUAGUCUUAUCUGAGAAGGUUUUGUUUAUAAAUGAAAUAAUUCUGUAAAUGAAAUGCUAGUUUAUAGAAAUAGACUAAACAAAAAUUCAUUGCCUGCUAUGUAAUUAUCCUGUACUCUGUUAAGGUAUGUAUCUUGUCUUUUUCUUUCCUGGAAACUAAGGUAUUUAUCUUGUCAACAAAUGAAUAACGUUUGUUUUUGGCUGCCUUCUUUUCGUCUUCCCUCACC